AAACGUCAACUCAUUUCGCGCAGAACGUCAACACAACAAAAACAAUUUUGGGAAACAACGAAAAACCAAAGUAAAAAUGGCAGAAUCACUGAAAGGUAAAUCUUGUUUUUGACUCUAAUUUACCCGUGCAGAAUGUGAAACAAGCACUGUUACCGUUUUGCAACGGUGUCAGUUAAAAACGCUUCACAUGGAAUAGUUUCCAGUUGGUUAACCCGUGUUUCCAUUCCCUGCAUUUCUUUCUCGCUGCGGCCUUCAUUGUUUGGUUGACGAUGAAUAAUCACCCCUACUACGCUCAUCCGUGUUGCCUCAGUAAUUGUAAUGCUCGCCAUGCUUUGCUCCAUCGGGCUGACGAUGAUCAUCCUAGCCUGUGCGCUUCCGGCGUACAACUUGUGGUGGCCAAUGUUCGUCGUAGUGUUCUACUUCUUAUGUCCAUUGCCGACAAAGAUCGCCAAGCGGGGCAUGCAAUCGGACGGCCGUGCCGCAAACGCAAUGUUUGCUACGAUCGGCAUCGUCAUGAGCAGCUUCGCACUGCCCAUCGUUUUGGCCCGUGCUGAAGUGAUCCAAUGGGGUUCCUGCCUGUUAACGCUAGCGGGUAACGUAGGCGUGUAUGCAACCAUCCUGGCGUACUAUUUCGGUUUCGAAUCGAUUGAUUCGGGAAUGUGGUGAAGUGCGCUCCGGUUCGUCAUCAUCAGCCGCCUUCCGUAAAAUUUAACGUGCGCCGAACAGUGUUUCGCACCGUGAAAACAUCGCAUUCACAUUUCCAUCAACCAUUCAUCGAACCUCCGCUUUCCAUCGCGCGCGCCACCUUGUGUGCAAUAUUGCAUACAAAAGACCGAAAUGCUUCGAAUAGUUGCGUUGUAACGCGGCUGCCGGAAGGCGUUUGAUACUACACCAUCACCAAUUGUUUUGUGUCCCAUUGCCGGACGGAUGCUAGAAAGGUAGCGCGGGUGCAUGUAUAAUGAGGUUUAUUCGAUCGGAACUUAAUUAAGUGUAAAAAUUAUUUAACAAUCCACUCAUUGCAGAAUAACUCAAUAAAAUGCAAUUAUUUAGAGACCAUCAUUUCACAGAGUAUAAA